AUGGGGUCCACUUCUCCUUCAGGCCUGGAGCUCACCAUGGCUGUCCCAGGCCUCAGCUCCUCCUCUGGCUCAGAGGGGUUUGGAUGCACCAACAACGGGAACGGGAACAACAUGAGGGACCUGGACAUGAACCAGCCGGCGAGCGGCGGCGAGGAGGAGGAGUUCCCAAUGGGAAGCGUGGAGGAGGUGGAGGACGAGCGCGGCGGCGCGGGCGCCGGCGGGCCGCACCGCUCCAAGAAGCUCCGCCUCUCCAAGGAGCAGUCCCGCCUCCUGGAGGAGAGCUUCCGCCUGAACCACACCCUCACACCGAAGCAAAAGGAGGCCUUGGCUGGCAAGCUCCAGCUGCGGCCCAGGCAAGUGGAGGUCUGGUUCCAGAACCGCAGGGCUAGGACGAAGCUGAAGCAGACGGAGCUGGAGUGCGAGUACCUGAAGCGGUGCUUCGGCUCGCUGACCGAGGAGAACCGGCGGCUGCAGCGGGAGGUGGAGGAGCUGCGCGCCAUGCGGGUGGCCCCGCCCACCGUGCUCUCCCCGCACACCCGGCAGCCGCUCCCGGCAUCCGCGCUCACCAUGUGCCCGCGCUGCGAGCGCAUCACCGCGGCAACGGGCGCGCCCGCCGCGCGUACUCCCCGCCCGGCAGCCGCGGCCAACCCCUUCCACCCGCGCCGCCCGUCCGCGGCGUUUUAG